AUGGCGAGCAGGUCUGUGAGUUCAGACCAGCCCUGGGCGGGCCCUGAUGGUGGCUCUGUUCAGCAGAUUGGCACCAGAGCCUCGUUUCCGUGGCCGCUUGACCUCCUGACCUUCGGCCUUCGCGCCUUCAUCGACUUCGACCUGAUCAUGCCGCGGAUCCCGGAAAUCUUCCGCCUCGACGGGCAAGAUGGACCUCCGGAUGACUCCGCCGAUCAAGAUCUCCAUGGACAAGAUGAACCCCCUGAAGUCCAUGACGGCAACGAUCCCUGGCUAGAAGCUUUGGAAAGGGAAGCGGCCUCGAAUGUGAUCCAGGGCAGCUAUGAGUGGCGAUGCGUUCGCUGCGACUCCGAUAUGGCUGUGCAGACUGGCGAAGGCCAGUGGAGCUGCACGGUCUGCCAAAGCACCGACUUCUACUCGACGCACCAAGCUUUGCGCCGCCAGACGGACCGCGGCACCUGGAUGUUCCUGCCUAGGUCUCUUAAUGGACUUCCUGGACAAGGACCUCCUGGACAAGUACCUCCUCGCGAUCCCCCUGACAAAGGGCAGGCUGCACCUAUCUCCAGACGCCAAAGGCAGCAGUUCAACCGAGCACUGCGUCGGGGGCAACCUCCUGAUGGACCUCCCUCCGAUGGCUUCGAAAUGCCGGAGUCCGAGACUGCUACCUUCGACCCCACCAUGGACCCGGACGAGUUGGAUGGACCUCCUCGACCUGCUUUCGGCGGACAUGGCGGCACGACUUGGCAGCCAAGUCAAAGGCUAAGAGCUGCGGCUCGGAAACCAGCCAAGCCACAGCUGGACACCAAGCAGGUCAUGACUUCCCAGGUGGCAACCUCCUCUUCGUCCUCUACUAGCUGGAAUUCCAUGAUGGGACCGACCCGGGGAGUGAGAUGGAGGGGCGAAGCCCCGCCAGCGCCACCACUUUGGAAGUACGAGCAGAAUGACUUGCGGGCCUACAGCAAGUUUGCCAAGAAGAUUGCUUUGUGGCGUAUUCAAGUGGCUUCCUUUAUGACUCCAAGGGAGGCAGCUCUUGUCUUGUAUACCAGCUUGACAGGAGAAGCGGAGGCGGAGCUGGAACACGCUUCAAUAGAAUCUAUCAACUCCGAUAAGGGGGUAGAUCUUAUACUCGAAACCUUGCGCCAGCCAAUGGAGCAGAAGCAGAUCUUCCAGAAGCGCAAUUUUUUGUCAGACUUUGAAGGCAUCCAGCGGCAGCCGGGCGAGGGCCUCAAGGCCUUCAGCAACAGAUACCGCCGCAUUGAGCGCAACCUCAAAGCGGUCGGCAUCGAAGUGGCUCUGAUGUACGACAGCGAAGCUCGUGGGAAUAGGCUUCUGGAGAGGGCUCGUCUUACGCCCCAGGACCAGCGGCUCAUCCUCGUGGGCUGUCGUUACUCCCUGGCCUUCGAGGACGUCGCCGAGAGUAUGGCCAUGCAGUUUCCGGACUUCAAAGGCUCCCCUCCUGUCAUCGGCCGAGAUGGGCAACCUAUCAACCGGAACAAGGGGAGAGGCAAGGGCCAGCCACCAAGCUCCUCCGGACAUGGCGGCAAAGGCGGCAAACCGACUGGCUUCACCAAAAAGGUUUACUUGGCGGACCAGGCGGAAGAGGGCGAGGCCGAACAGGAGCACGAGUCUGCUGAGGGCUCGGGCGGUGACCACAAGCCGGACCACGCCGCUGCCGACGACGCUGACGCCGGCAACGUCAACGACGGCGACCAGGACCAAGACGAGGCCGCGGACUUGGCGGAGGUGGCAGAAGUUUUGAGCGUGACAGCUAAAAAGUUGUCCGGCAUGCGACUCGGCCGGAAGUUCGCCGGCGGAACCAAAGGACAAGAGCCUGGGAAAGGAGCCAAGAAGACACCGCACCAAACGUACUUCGUGCACCAUGUUGAGCACGGCUCCCUCGAGGUCGUUGACGACGCCACCUAUGGCACGAUGUUCAGCGUCGACGUGGUCUUUGACGUGCGGCACGCCACCGACGGCGACGUGAACUUCCCCGGCCUCAUGAUCCUCGACACGGCCUGCCAGCGGACCUGCUGCGGGACCACAUGGGCAACUUCGCAUGCUUCUCUUCUUCGUGCUCAGGACCUGCUUGUGUACAGAGCCCCUUGCACAAAUGCUUUUCAGUUUGGCAGCGGCGACCCGGUGAGAGCCAAGCACCGCUUGUACAUGCCAGCUGGCAUAGGCGAAGCCGACCUUGUGAUCGGAGCAGGCGUCCUCGAAGCAAACAUUCCCCUGCUUGCGUCCAAUCAGUUGCUUGAUGAGCUCGGGUUCGUGCUUGACAUGCCUAGGUCCUCUGCCACGUUCACCAAGUUAGGUGUGACAGUGCCUGUGCUUCGCAAGAACGGACAUUUGACUAUCUCAGUGGUCGAGCUUAGCAAGCACGUUCCCUCUGACAGCACUAGAUGGAAGCAGCUUCAAGAUGCAGUUGAUUGGCUCAAUCCUCCUCCGGAGCUCGUGUUUCUGGCCCAAGCUGUUACUGACACUUCGUCCUCAGCGAGCCUGGCACUUCAUGCAGGCGACUCCUCCGACAUGGCUUCGCGGAUGGCGCCGCCUGGUGCGCUGCCUCCAGCUCCUCAAGCACAAUGUCUUCAUCCAGAUGGCCCAUGCGGUGAACCUCGGCCUCCUGACGCCCGAGAUCUACCUGGACGUGCCGCCGGAGCUCGACGUGAACUUCGCGCAUCCCGCGGCAACUUGCAGCCACCCCGACUAUGUCCGGUACGGCAACGCGUACGGCAAGUUCGCUCGCUGCAAACAGUGCCUGAAGAGAUGGAAGUGGAACGCCCACGAAGGUCUGUGGGUCGAACACCUGGACAACAAGUUCGGGGCAUCGCUGCUCAAUUCGCAACCGCCCUUGCCAUCCUCAUCCAAUACUGCGCCAGCCCAAGCAGUGCCUUCGCGGGCGGCGGAACCAUCGACCCGGCGGCCUUCCAAGCCCCAAGGCACGACACCCAAGGCAUCACCGGCGACACCGGCGAGGACUUCGACAACUCCCGCACGCAGGCGCCGCACAACCCGUUCUAUGCCGAGUGGCUCGGAGAUGUCGGACUCGACACCGUGGAGCGUGCUGGACCGCGAGCGGCGAUCUACGACAGCCUCUUGUCAACCUCCAGCAGACCACCGCCUGCCGUCGACAUCAUGGAGCUGUUCGCCGGCGAGGCCGGCAUUACUGCAAAGGCAUCCCGUUAUGGACUCAGUGCCUCAGAGCCCGUUGACCAGGUCUUUGGAUGGCACCUCGAGGAACCGCAGACCCAGGACUAUGUCAUUAAGAUGGUCAAGCGGCUGCGGCCCCAUGUCCUCCACGUGGCCUACCCGGCCUACCCCUGCACCCUGUACUCCAUCUUUAACGAGAACCUCAACUACAGCAAGCGCAUGCCCGUGCUUCAUCGCCUACGGCAAGAUGAUACGGAGAUGAGGCGGCUCAUUCGCAAGCUGCUGGACCUUCAGCUUGAUGGCGGCCGCGCCUUUGUGCUAGAGAAUCCGCGGCACUCGCGGCUCUGGGAGAUGGACGAGUUUCGCGACCUCGACUUCCCCGGCAUCGUGGAGUGCAUCCUUGACUCAGGCGCAGCCACCAUGCUCAAUAAGCGCCUUUCGGAGACAGAGCGCAUGUACACAGUGCCGGUGCAGGGCAAGAACACCAAACCAUCCCAGGUCUACCCUCAGAAGCUGGUCGAUGCUCUCCUCCACCUCUACCACGACCACAUCAGAUACCAGGAUAUCACGCGAUUUCCUUUGCACCAAGCUUUGGCUACUUUCCAAAGUCCGGUCUCCGACCUGGCCGCCUGGGACCCCAUCGUGACGAUGCUUGAACGCUAUUUCGGCACCAGCUCGACGAGGCCUUUCUACGUGGACGUGACUCCUACACAGCGCCGCCUUCUGCUGGACUUCCCCUUCACAGUUCGCAGCGCCUUCCUUCUUUAUGCGGACGGCUCGCGCAGCGUGGAGAUGGAAGACCUCUCCGAGAUCCAGCAGCCCAAGCAGAAGUUCGCUAAGGCAGUCCGGUACGCAGUGUUCGCAUAUGGCGAAAGACGUCCUGAAGCACAACCUUCGAUUGUGGAGGGCAAGCCUGACUCUCCGAUUCCGGACCUCCCCACCGACGUCACCUUUCCUGCACUUUCAGCCGACGUCCCUGCGGAAGUUCGCCGGGCUAUCGCACGGGUGCAAUCAACCUUGGACACCCCACUGCCGAGGAACUGGAAGCUGGACGGCGAGAACGUGAUGGUGCUUGGCAUGGUGGAUGUGGCGACGCGCUUUCAUCAGGCUGCUGUCCUUUCUGGCCGCACCCCAGAGAUUGCCUAUGAGGCCUUUGAACGAGUUUGGCUUCGCCCUUACGGACUUCCUACCCUGGUGGCGGCAGACCCGGAUGGCACACUGGAAUGGAAGAUUGCCCACGUGGAGCGCCAGAACGCCUUGCUGCGCACCAUCCUCGAGAAGUUGGUGGACACCUUUUCCGCGACCUCGGCUUCAGAGAUGGACCUGCUCAUCGCUCCGUCGCUCCAUGCCGUUAACAGCAUGGUACUUAGCAGGGGCAGAUCAGCGCUUCCCGGCUUCGUGGACAACCAGGCACUGGCGGUCUCCCCAACGACCGACCCGGCAGCAACGGCAGAAAGGGUGCGCUCGGAGGCGGUCAAGGCGAUCGCAGACUUGAACGUGCAGCCCAUGCUGCUUUUGGAAGAAGAAAUGCUUGAAGCACAGCCCCUCCAUCAAGUUCUUGGCGAAGACGACUUCCUCAUGAACUACCAGGCUGACAACGAGCUCCUUGCCGCUGCUUCUUCACAACUGGCCGGCCAACAACGACUUGACGCAGCUGCUUCGUGGGCCCCUGGAACGCCAGUUCCGGCACCUGAACCACCUCAAGCGCAAGCGAGCACGCCGAAGCAACUCUAUGCCAAGGACACCACGGAGAAGCCGGUCACCAGCGCCUCUGACCAUAGCAUCGCCAAGUUCCAGCUUUUUCAACCUGCAGAGCGACUUCCCGAACUGCUCUCUCCCGACUUCAGCGCGCCUUUCGAGGAACUUCCUGGACUACCAGAACUUCCCCAACCUCAAGAAGGCCAAGUACAACCACCAGCUUUGGAGACAGCAGUCGACCUCACUGGAGACGCGGACACCGCGACACCUGGUGACCCACCUGACGAUGUCCGCGACUACGCCACUACGCUCCUUCUCCUGCAGUUGACCUACCUGAAACCCCGGCCGCUUCAGCUGGACCACAGCCACCUACACCGGAGUUACUGCUCCCAGCCUACUUCCACCUUCGACUCCUUGAGCGCCAACCUCUACGAGGAAGACGGACUUCUUCACCCAGUUCCCUUCGGAGACGCCCUCGGCGAGUUCUACGGCCCGCGCUGCAACCAGUUCUACCAGGCCUACCUCACCUCAUACCUCACCUCAUCAUAUCGGAGCGACGACGUGCUGGCCACCGACAAGCCCGCUCAAAAAGUCGACACCUCCGCCAAGGCCUUGGACCGUGAGAUUCCAUGGCGCAAAAUCAUGGAAACGCGGCCUCCUCAGCUGGAGGCCUACAAGAAAACGGUCGAGAAGGAGCAUUCUUCUUGGAUGGAGUGGCGUUCAGUGAAGGCCCUCAGCCACCAGGAGGCGAGCGACGUCUUGAAAGACAAGAUCCUCGCCAAGCGUGCGCUUAGGACGCAAAGGGGCUUGGGCCCUUGCGGGCAAAAUGCCGCGUGGUGGCCUUGGGACAUUGUGAUCCUGACCUUCGACGGCUCAAUCGGGAGCAGCAACAAGGAGUUCGGCAACACCAAGAAGAAGUGGUUCGGUUGGACGGGGGAUGCUGCCACCGCCUUCUUGCAAGGGGAGCAGCCGGCAACUGAGAGGACCUUGCCCCUCUACCUCAAGCCGCCGGAUGAUGGAGUGACCCGUUCUACCGGGCGCUGGAAAGCGCCUUUGUACCUGGCCCUCACCAACAUCUAUGGGCUCGCAAAUGCACCACGCCUUUGGGCCAACACCGUGAUACAGAGGCUGAAGAAACUUGGAUACAGGCAGCACUCCUUUGACCGAAUGGUCUUCCUCCUCUUCAAUGAUCAAGACGAGCUGAUCUCGAUCAUUUUAGUAUACGUCGACGACUUCCUCGGCGUCCACAGGGAGAAUUGUUCGAUCGGGCCUGUCUGGCAGUCCUUUAAGUGGGGCUCCCUUAACCAAGUCGAGCCCGACAAGGAGUUUACCUUCAAAGGCAAACAAAUUUCACUGCGGCAGCGCCCGAACGGACGCUUUUACCUCCACCUCUGCCAGGCCGAGUUCAUCGACGGCUUGUCCAUGGGCAAGAUCCCAAGAGGUGCUGACUUGGACGCGAUCCUCUCCCCCGAGCAGAAGGCUGAGUUCCGUAGCAUCUCCGGAUGCCUGCAGUGGCUCUCGACUCAGACAAGGCCAGAGCUCUCCGCCACGAACAGCUUGGCGAACAAAGGUGACAAGACCACCGUGGGCGACCUGAAGUCCCUUUACCAGGCUCUCGAGUUCGCCCGGUCCACGAAGAACGACGGCAUCGUUGUCGAGGAUGUGGCCUUGAAUCGCGGCAGCGUCAUCGUGACCUACUCCGACACUUCAUGGGCCAAUGCCGAACUGUGCCGCUCGCAGCUUGGAGUGUUGGUUCUGCUGACUUCGCCCAACGCGCUUCAGAAGACAACGCCUGCGGCUGUACUUGACUGGCGCUCGGGGCGCUCGACACGCGUCUGCCGCUCGACCUCAGCGGCGGAGGCAAGCGCCGCCGAUGAGGGCUGCGACCGGGGAUGUUACCUGAACAUGUUCAUCGCAGAGCUGCUGUACAACCUUCCUGCUCAUCGCUGCUCACAUUGA